CUGAAUGUAACCGUAAUGAUUCAAGACUAAGAUCGCAUCGAGCACAAUGGCAUUAUUAUUGCAGAGCAUCACACGCUCCCUACUGCAGAAACAGCAAAAACUUCGGUGCCAUGGGGAUACAAUUAUCGUUAAACGAGCAUUGACAACAUGGUUUGCAGGUCCAGCGCUCAAAUCCACCCGCCAACAACUCUGUGCUUGGAAGAGACCACAGUAUGUUGUUCAGGAACAAGUAUGCUACAGUACUUUGCAGCAGUCCUCGCGAACACAAACUGGCAGGAGGCGUUGGACCCCAGUAACUAUUGGCUUAGCUCUUUGCCCUAUCAUCACAUUUGGCUUGGGUACUUGGCAGGUCCAACGACUACGUUGGAAGGUUGGUCUGAUUGAGAGCUUGGAAGAAAGGAUGUUGCUAGAAGCUAUCCCUUUACCGCGCAAAGUCAAUUUGGAUGCAAUCGAGGAUUUUGAGUAUCGCAAGGUCAAAGUGACAGGACAUUAUCGACAUGAUGAAGAAAUGCUUUUAGGGCCAAGGACAAGAGGUGACGGACAGCCAGGAUAUUUCCUGAUUACACCACUAGAGCGACCUAACGCAUCUAAAAUCCUUGUAAGGCGAGGAUGGGUUCCUCGUGAGAAGAAGGAUCAAUCGACUCGGAAGGAUGGUUUGAUUGAAGGAGAGGUAACUGUAGAGGGUCUUCUUCGAUCUGGUGAACAAAAAGCAUCAUCAUUUGUGCCGGAAAAUAAACCAGAAAAGAAUGAGUGGUACUCUCUGGAUUUGGAAACUAUGGCCAAGAGAUCCGACGCUCAACCUAUCAUCGUGGAGACGCUCCUAGACACUCCUGCUCACUUGAUCAAGUCUGAACUGAUUGACAAGAACAUUCCUGUUGGACGUUCCCCAGUUGUAGAACUUCGUAAUAAUCACAAAGAAUAUAUCGUUACUUGGUAUUCGCUUUGUAUUGCGACAUCAGCGAUGCUUUAUAUUUUGAUGAGAAGGCCACCACCUACUAAGAAGGCACCGCAGAUGUUGCCUCGUCAUGUGUAAAAGCUGAAAUAGAGAAAGUCGUUGUGCAGUUAUUUGAUCAAUAGAGUUGUAUUAUAAGCAAAAGCAAUAUAAU